UGCAGGAAGUGGUUAAUGAUGGCAUCAGAGAAGUAGGGACCCUAAAUGUCAUGCUAGGGUGCUAGCAUCAUCCCGGCCCACACCGUAGAAAGACCAUACCAGUAAGAGGGCAGACAGAGCACUGAGUGGAGGCCUUUGGAUUAGAACAAAGAAAAUAGCUAGAAGGCUGCUAUGAGAGUCCAGGAAGGUGGGAGUCAAUCAUUUUGACAAGUCUCCUGAAAGGAACAGCUAGCAGGAGCUGAAACCUUUUUCCAUUUGGUCUCGUGGCAAAGAGAUCACGCCAGCAGCUCCACACAAUAUGACUUGCUCACUAGUGCCCUCUGAACAGUCUUCUGGGACUUCUCUUUUGCCUAAAGACAAUGCCCCAUUUUCAUGGGGAUCCUCGGAUGAGGAUGGAUUGGAUGACUCCUUGCUGGAUCUGUCUGAGGGAGAAGAAGAUGAUGGCCAUUUCAGUUUCACAGAGGAAGAUAUUCAGGAGCUCUUGAAGGAUGAUGACCUAUCAAAUGAGCACUUUUCUUGGGGAGGAGGGUUGCUUAAAGAUGACAGCAGUCACGUUGAAAAGGGAGGGAAAGGGGAUCAAAUUCUAUUUGAUACUUCCCAAGAGAAAAAUUCAUCAUACACCUUGGGACCAGUAGCUGAGACCCCUGGCCUCUUAAAACUACCUCAACUAAGUACAUCAGUUGGUCAUGGCCCAACUCCUACUAAACCGUUAAACAGACACUUUGCACUAGAAAAGAAUCUUGUAAAAGUAACAGUUGCACCAUUUAAUCCAACAGUUUGUGAUGCUGUGCUUGAUAAGGACAAGACUGAUUUAUCCAAAGAUCUUGAAAAGCCCUCCUCCCUUGGGGAAGAGAUGAGAGAAGAUGGUCUUAGCCUAAAUGAGAGCAAACUCUGCACUGAGUCUGAAGGGAUCAGUCCUAAUAAUUCUGCUUGGGAUAUGCCCCCGCUCUCUUCUCCAGACAGAAACUUUCAGCAAACUGUGUCUGAUAAAAAUAUGCCUGACAGUAAGAAAGCUACACCUGUAUUCUCUCAGAUCUUGGACAAUUCAGAGACUCCUCAUUUGGGGUCAUCCUGGAAAAAUGGAUCACAUAAAUCAAAUUGUGAAAUGACGUUUCCAGUUGUUUCCAGUUCAUCAAACAAACAGGAUGUUCUUGACAAGGAUUCUGGGAAGCCGAAAGUCAACGAGAGAAGACUAGGCAAAGUCAUACCUGUUCUGCAAGCCAAAAGAAGGACUAAUGUUCCGACGUUUUCACAAUCAGAUCUAGAAAAGCAGAAGCAAAGUUAUCUCAAGGAAGUCAUUGCUCAUAUAGAACACCCAAAGGACACUAACCAAGGUGCCUUGGGGGAACUGUGCGCCUUGAUGGGUCAAGUUCAUCAUGUGCCAAACCCAAAAUGGCAGCAUCCUUCGGACCUCACCAUGCGAAACUACGCUCGGUUCCGACAGAAACCUCUGCAAAGAUACAGUCUGACUCAGUGGGUUGACAGGAACAUGCGAAGCCACCAUCGGUUCCAGCGUCUCCCAGAUUUCCCACCGAGUCCAUUUGUCUCACCCCAUCAGCAGUGAAGGUCUCUAUCCAGGGUCCUGUUCCAGGUCCUGUUUGGAGCAGCAGCUCAUCUUCUGCUCUUUUGUGCUUUGUAGAUUUUGAAUUUUAUUUUUCACGAGAUUUUUAUUUAAAGAACUUGCCACCUUUUGGAAAUUCCCGUUGCUGACUUGAAAUUUUUUUGUAUAACGUCCUUCUUGUUUGUCUGUGUGCAUGCGUUUAAGCACUGUUAAGUUUUUAUUUUUUUUAUUUAAAUUGAAGGUGACCACUAAUUGAAAGCCAGCAUCAAGCCAGAAUACCUAGGCUCAGGCAAAGCACCCACCUCUGCACAGAGGUGAAGUCUACUUCUGGUGCCCAAAAGAAAUCAUCUUCUAAUCUCCUGUAAGGAAGAGAUUACCAGGCUGCAAGCCAGCAUUAAUUACUGCUAAUGACUUAUAAGAGGAUAUAAGUCACUUUUAACAACCCCUCUUACUUUUUUAUUUGAAUCUCUGAAUACCUGUCAGUAUUUUAAAGUCGGUAAUCCAGCACAUCUGAAGUAGGAUGGAGCAGGACAAAAAUCCUGUUGAAGGGACAAAUUAAAAGUGUAAAUCUUCUCUCUUUUUUGUACUUACUAGCCUCCUUUAUUUAUUUAUUUUCUUUGCCCCCUGCCCCCAUUCUUCAUUAAAUUUGUUUUGCACAAUAGGUUUACAAAUGUUACACAUCUUAACUCUGACAGAAGACUGCUGACUAACCCUUGUUGAUUUGUGGUCUUGAGACUGAUUGUCUUCUCUUUUCUCAAGGAUUUGCCUUCUUUUUCCCCAGUGACCACUGUGCUCCUUAAGUUCUGUUGGUGUGUUCCUGUAUCCUGUUAGACAUAGACAUGCCUCUUAAGAGCAGACUCCCUGCUCUCUUUUUUUUUUUUUUUUUUUUUUUUUUUUAUUUUUGGGACAGA